UGUACUUGGGUGGAGUGAAAGCAGGUCAAAGAGGAUGUGAUCGAUCGUCACAGUCAAAGUGAUAUCUACAGGUUUACACUUUCAAACUCAAAGCUCGUCUUUUGAAAAUAAGAAAGAAUUGGAUGAUAUGGGUGGGAUUGUUGGCUCUUCUGCAUACUGGGCCAUCGGUGGGACGGUGAUGUGUUGCAUCUUCUGGACUUUCCUGCCAGCAGAAUCGAGCAUCGUCAUCUCGACGACCGCCGGCAGCGCGGUGACCCUGCCCUGCAAGAACAGGCCCAACGCCACGGUCCGCCUGCUGACCUGGGAGCUGAACGGCGACAACGUCUUCACCUUCCGCACCAAAGGGAAGCAGUUGAGCAAAAGCGCAAAAGCUUUAAACCUGAGCUUGAAAAUGUCGACGUCUGAGAACGAACUGUACGCACUCACCAUAGAGAGGGUUCAAAGGUCACAUGCAGGGAAUUACACCUGUCGGGGAACUACCGUCCGAGGGCUCUUUGACCAGAGCUGGACUCUCGUGGUCACAGAGGGACCCAAACACAUUAUUAUCAUCAUUAUCGCAGCAGCAAGCGGUGUCCCUUGCCUGUGUUUGCUGAUCUUUUUACCUGCCUGGAUUAUCAAGAGACGAGCCCGGAGACGCAGAGCCAUGCGAGUCCUUCAAUCUGCUGAGCGCGAGGAACCGAUCUACGACAACUGUCUAGAAAUUGAGCGGCAUCAGAACCGCCAUCACAAGCAACGGACUCACUGACAUUCAGGUCAUUGGCAGGACCAGUUAAGUGCCUUAAACAGUCAUCUGACUUAUUUAACUGAAUGUUAACAAGGAGCAUUGUGCUUGAUCAAAUCUAUAAUUGUACUUAUAACUUUAUUUAAUGGAAAGAAACCAAGGCAACGCAAGUAGGAGCGGGGGGGGCAGAGAGAUAAAAAGACCGCCCUCAGAUUCAGCGUGGGAUGCAUAUCUGAUCUCAACUUUUUGGGGCUGCGUCCUUUUCCUCGCUCUCAACGCAGUUGACGAAACAUCCUGGAGUUAAGGACAGUGAGUUGUAUAAACCGUUGAAAGACACCAACAUGAAGUGGAUGGAAGCGGUGUGCUGCAAACACUUAAAACAGCUUUAACUGAUGUUGCCUCGGCCCUGCUGCAGCGCCACUAGCAGAGGGCAGGGGUGUGAAAACCAGAGGCAAAACCACAGAGGAAGAAAGACCAACACUGUUCCAUUACUUCGUCUCUAUGGUUCCUGAAACCUGAGCUGUAUGUGAACUAAUGACAGACAAAAUGUCUGACAAAAAUAAGCGUCUGACUGCAGGCCUGAACCAGCUUUUAAAAUAUAAAGUUACAUUUCUUGUUCAGUUUUAUAGAAUGACAGCAAAGAGGGAACCUGCUAUGAAUAACUAAAUGUGUUUAUUUGGUAAAACUGAACAAAUGCUUUGGAUGGUUUGUGCAAUAAAAAGUGAAGUAAAAUAAAAGAAAUGCAGGCUUUU